AUGGCUAAGUCCAGGGAAGGUGUUACUCUUAAGAGGUUGCUGCUGUUUAUUAUCCCCAGUAUUGCAUGUCUCGUACUCCUUUUCAGAUUUUUCAACAAUUCAAAGGCAGCUGAUCUGCAGAAACUGCUACAGAAUUUACCCAAGGAAAUCUCACAAUCUAUCAACCUCGCAGCAAGCCAUCAGAAGAGUGAUGCUGAUUUGAUUCAAUCGUUUGAAAAUUUGGCUAAUGAACUGAAGAAAAAACAAGAGGAUCAAGCUCGUGAAUUUGAAAGACAUAGACAAGAAUUAGAGAAAAAACUGCAAGAGCUUAAACUAUCACCAGAACAUGCAACAUUACGUGAAAAAUUGGCCUACAAUUUCAGAUAUGAUGAAAGGAAAAGGUUCCCAGCCUACAUCUGGCAAAUUGGUGGUGUUUCAGGUACUGAAGAAUUGAAAAACUUGGAGGAGCAAGAAAGAAAUUGGAGGGAUAAAAAUCCAGGUUUCGUUCAUGAAAUUGUCACUGAUGAGAUGAUGAAUGCACUUGUGCGUCACUAUUUUUCCUCCGUGCCAGAUGUUAUUAAUGCUUAUAACGCAUUGCCUUCAAAGGUUUUAAAGGUGGAUUUCUUCAAAUAUUUGAUCCUUUUAGCUCGUGGUGGUGUGUAUGCAGAUAUAGACACCGAUCCUUUACAACCUGUACCAAAUUGGAUUCCUGAAAAUAUGGACCCCGCUAAUAUCGGCUUAAUUGUUGGUGUGGAACACGAGGCUGAAAGUCCAGAUUGGAGGUCUCGUUACGUGAGAAGAUUACAAUUGGGUACAUGGAUCAUUCAAGCUAAACCUGGUCAUCCUGUGAUUAGAGAGGUCGUUGCAAAUAUUACGGAAACAACUUUACAAAGGAAAAACGAAGGUACUUUGAACAUUAAUUUGAGAAGUGAUAAGAAUAUCAUGACAUGGACAGGUUCAGGUGUAUGGACGGAUGUAAUUUUCUCUUAUUUGAACGAUUAUUUGAGAAGUGGUAACACAGACAGGAUUACAUGGGGAUGGUUCAACCAGUUGAAAGAGCCAAGACAAAUCGCUGACAUCCUAGCAUUCCCACCAUUCUCAUUUAACGCCCCCAAGACCAUUAACAACGAUGAUGUGAACAAGCCAUUAUAUCUAAUUCAUCACCAAGCCAAGAAAUCUUGGAAAACAGUACCUAAGCUAGAGAAUUAA